CCUAUAAAGGAACAAUAUUUUCACCACUCUAAACGCAGCGCCAAAGGAAAGAAGUAAGAAGACAAAGUCGCGGUAAAAUCAGAACUUUGUUUUUGUUCGGGAGUGCAUCAAGCAAGGAUAAUUAAGCAACAUGACGAUUAGCUGGGUAUCUACAUCUACAUCCAUAUCUGAAUCCACGACACAACCCCCAACUCCGGAGGUAAUUGAGAUUGAAAUAGAUGUUGCUCCUGCUCAAAGGAAGAAGUAUCCCCCCAGUGUGGUGAUCAUAUCAAUCGUGUUACUAAUACUCUUUGUCAUAAUCGUGUCAUACGCGUACCCUGGAAUCAAUAUACACGCAACUAAAACAACCUCUUCCGUGUCCCACAAUAAAUGGGUGACGGGAUCACAUAAAGUUAUAUCGACUAGGAUCAAAAUAUCACAUCAGAAAACUGGAGAACAUAAAACGCGAAAAUAUAAGCACAGUAAAUCUUCGGGAUCACAUCAUAAGCAAGGAAAGAAAAGUGGUUGAUUCUAGGGACUUUGCAAUUUAA